AAUCCCCCCGCCCCUCCACACCUUCCGCCUCGGCUCUCUCUCUUUCUCUCUCUCAUCAGGAGGAGGUCUCGUGCGCGCCCGGCUUUCCUCUCCUCGCCGCACGACGCGUGCCCGGUCGCUGAUGGCCAAGGCGCGCAGGCCGCCGUUCGCCGCCGCCGAGCGGUUCCUCGGCUUCCCCCGCGGCGGGCCGUCUCCGGGGGCCGUGGCGCCGGCGCCCGCCGCCGACUUCGACGACCUGCCGGACCUCGCCGAGGCCGACGUGUGGUACACGGCCGCCGGCGGCGGCGGCGACCCGGGGAGCCCCUGCCCCGCGGCGUCCCGCCAGGUGGAGGUGGAGGGCAGGAGCGCCGGCGGGCAGCGCGGGGCCCCGCGGCGCGGCGUGCAGGGAGGGCUGAGCCAGGCGUUCGGGGACGGGCCUGGCGGGCGGCAAGUGGCGGCGUCGGCGCCCGUCGAGGUUCCCGCGUGGCCCGCCCGCUUCGCCGUCCCGGACGCGGAGCCGGCGCUGCUGUUCGAGAUGGAGAUGGGGGACGACGACGACGAGGGCGACGGCAAGCGGGGCGCCGGCGGGUGGGUGCCGCCGCACGUGUACCUGGCGCGGCGGCAGGCGCGGGCGUCCGUGGUGGAGGGCGCCGGGCGGACGCUCAAGGGCCGCGACAUGUCGCGGGUGCGCGACGCCGUCUGGAGCCGGACGGGCUUCGACGGAUAACGAUGAAUGAGCAAGCGAGCCUGGUGGACAGAUUUUGAUCUGCUUUUGCUUCCUCCUCCUCCUCCUCCUCUUCGUUUUCAUUGCCUCUCAGAUUUCUCUCCUUGUUUUAUUCUUUUUUUCUCUGGAUGAAAUGAAAAUUUUGUAACAUGGCCGGUGUGCUUGUUUUGGCCUCCGAUCCAUCGGCGGUUUUAAUCAAUGGCAAAGGAAGUAGCUAAGCUCAGCUGCUGUGAAGAAUGUGGUGUGUCAUGUGUAGUAGUAGUGCCAGAGUACAACAUUGAUUGGUUGAUGAAUGAUCGAUAAUCUGGUUGCUGAUUGGGCAGUUGGGUACUGCCUGCUGUGGCCUGCGGCUGGCUCCAACUCAAAUUGGUUGGCUGAUUCUCUUGGA